GCCACCUGACCCAAAAAUGCCACUGCGCAGUAAAAUGCCAGACAAACCCGUCCGAUGAUUAUCUUUUUUUUUAUCAUUACAUGAUUUAGUCAAGUUAGUUAAUCAUUAAUUACAUUUUGUGUCAAACUCAUGAUUUUAAGGGGUUGAAGUUCGUGACACUCCCGAAUUGAUUUUCACUAGAUGGUUAUAUCGGGCUGUAAAUGAAAAGUUAAUUUCAGUCCUAGCCAUGGGAUCAGGGUCGUCCAAGACCAAAGCCAAAGGCAAAGUGGUUGUGGCUGCAGAAGUAGUCGUGCCCGGCCAGUCUCAGCCAGUAAAGAUCAAAGGUCAGGUCAACCUCAAGGACAAUGAGAAGGUCGGAGGUCAAAUGUCGGGGCCGGCCACGGUCAAGCAGGUGGCUUCCAACAAGUUCAGCUUGCAAAUGGGCAGUCAAAGUCUCGGGACUUUUGACGUGACCCAAGGGGACAGUGACUUCGCCUCCCAUCUGACCAACGCUGCACAGAUGACAGUCACCAACAUUGAGAUGAUCGCAGAUGACGAUGACAACGACCCUAAUGGCAACCAAUCGGAACACAUUGGCCAGUCAUUCCAGAUUCAGCUCAGUCAGGACACCAGUCAAUCAAGCAACCACUACAGUGAUGACGAGGAUUGGGACGAAGUGAUUCACGAUCUGGACGCAAAAGAGAACAAGCCGACUUUUAGCGAGGGCGCUCAAGAGCGCAAGGCUCGUUUAAAGCAAGCUCUGCAGGAGAAACGCACUCAGCUCACACAGCAGGAGUACGAGCAGAUGAUAGCCAAUCACAAGCAGGAGGCGGAGCUCAUGGCGAUGCUACGCGAUAAAGAACGAGAACGACAGAAGUACACGCUGGAGUCAAAAGUUGCGAAGCGUCAGCAGAGACGCAAAGCAAGACAGGCCGAGAAAAAGGAACGAGAGAGGAUUGCCAAAGAGAAGGAAAUUGAAGAAAGCAAAAAAGAAGUUGAACAUGAAAACAAGGCUGGCAUAACCUCAAGCAACAAUGGGGCCAUCGAUGACGUUGAAAAUGUUGAAAAUGAGAUUCAGCAGAGAAACGCCGCCUUUGAGCGCGAGAUGAAACUGAAGGGGGAGCAGCUAUCAGAGGCGGAAUACCAGCGACUCGUUGCUCAGCACAAGGCCGAGAUGGAGAAAUUGCGACGGAGAUUAGACAGAGAGACGGACCGACAGAAGCAAUCUUUGGCUGAUAAACUGGAAGAGCGGAGGCGGAGAAAGCAACUUGGAGAGGGGUGGAUUGAUCAGCAAGUAAUGUCGCCUGAGGAGAUCCAGCAGCUAGAAGCGGACCUGAAACGUCGCCAGGUCCAAUUUGAGGCCGAGCUACGAGACAAGAAAUCACAGCUGUCGGAAGAGGAGUACAAGAAACUGAUUGCUGUGCACAAGGAGGAGCUGAACAAGCUGCAGCAGAAACUGGACCUGCAGCGAGAGAGACAGCGACAGUCGCUGUUGGAUAAGCUCGCUGCUAGGAGAGAACUGAAGGGCAAGAAGGGGAAUGUGGAGGUCAGUGACCCCUUAUCAGCGGAUGAGGUCAAGGAUCUGCAGCUUGCCCUGAACCAGAAGGCCAUGGACUUCAAGAAGCGAUCGAAGGAUGCGAAAGGAACGAUGUCUGCAGACGAUACCCAGCGACUCAUCGAUGAGCACAAACGCGAGAUGGAUCUCCUUCAGGAGCAACUGGAUGCGGAGAAGGAACGGAUGAGGCGGGUGCUGAUGGAUAAACUGGAGGCCAGGAGGAGGAAGGGCAACAAGGAGCAAGAUGAGGAAUCACCGUCGCUCUCCGCCGAAGACAUCAAGCAGCUCCAGCUCACCCUUGACCUCAACGAUGCCAAGUUCAAGGAGGAGAUGAAAGCCAAGAAAUCCAAGAUGUCGGACAAGGAGUACAAGCGUCUCAUGGAGGAGCACAAGAAGGAGCAAGAGGAGCUUGCGGUGAUGCUGGCUGCUGAGAGAGAGAGGAUGGACAAAAGGUUGAAGGAUAAGUUGGAGGCGAGGAGGUUCAGGCAACCAAGUGCUAAGGAGCGGAAUGCGGACAAAUCUCAGGAAGUUUCCAAACUGGAGCAGGAGAUCCUUCAGAAAGAGGCGACCUUCGCCAAUGAGGUCACCAAGAGAAAAUCAGAGAUGUCCGAUGCGGAGUACCAGCGACUCCUAGCCCAGCACGAGCGCGACAUGGAGCGGCUGAAGGGAAGACUAUCCAUGGCCAUGGAGAGACAGAAGAGGAACUUCUCGGACAAGCUGUCGGCAAGACAGCGACGGAAGUCGCAGUGGAAGGCCGAGGAGGAGGAGAGAAUGAGACUCAUGGCAAAACUGGAGGACAGUGAAUCUCACAACACCGAAGCAGACCUGUCCAAUCUGCAGGAGGACAUUUCACGCUAUGACAGCGACAUCCGGUCCAAUAUCAACAGUCGCAAGGGCAAGGUGUCGGAGUCUGAAUACAAGAAGAUGAUUGAGGAGCAUGAGAAGAAUAUGGGGAUAUUCCAGAGUAAAUUGGACAGGGAGAGAGAACGCAUGCGCCAGGUGCUUGAGGCCAAGAGAAUAGAGCGAGGUCAGAAGGCGUCUGGUGUAGCAGUUGUGGCAACUCAGCUCGCCGAGACCCAAGAAGACAUGUACGACUCUGACGAAGGGGUGGAUGAAUUAGAUACGGAUGCCGUUGCGAUUCCCAACGAGGUGACCCAGCUCUGGACCACGCCUACUCAGUCCACCUCCCUCGUCGUGGUGCCUCUCAAGGAGGAGUAUCCAGUCAAGAGAAAGAGAGAGCUGUACACCAACCCGGACAUCUUCAGGACCCUGGAUGCUCACGCCAUCAAGCUUGCACAGACGGUCAGUCUGGUCACCCAGCCCACCUUCUCCUCCCUGGUCAACGAGCUGGUCAGUAUCGGCGGCACGGAGCUAGAGAAAGUCCGGCUGAUCUGCCGAUGGAUCACGGCGCAGAACUGCGACGAGAUGGACCUCAAUGACAUCAUCGAUGACACGCCACUCGGUGUGCUGAAAGGGUUGUACCACAAGAAGAUUACGUUCUCUACACUGUUCAUGCGCAUGUGCAGAUUUGUCGGCCUCCGCUGUGUGGAAAUCAACGGCUGUGCCAAGAACAAAGGCUACAACCCCGGCCAGUACAUCACGCCCAGCGACCCACCCUACCAGCACACCUGGAACGCUGUCCGUAUCGAUGGCUACUGGCACUUCAUCGACUGCAACUGGGGAGUGUCUCACAUCCAGGGCUCCGUGGCCUUUGACCCCUUCCGAUUCGAAUACGACGAGCAUUACUUCCUGGCCGAUCCCGACGUGAUCAUCCGGAGUCACUUUCCAAACGACCCCGCCUGGCAGUUGCUGAACCAGCAGUUCUCGUUGCAGGAUUUCAACGCUUGUGUCCCACUCAAACCGGACUUCUUCAAGUUUGGCUUUGAACUUCUCAGCCACAAAUCAGCAGUGAUAGGCUGUCCAAACGGUGAGUUGGACAUCCGAGUCCAGUGCCCCCCAGGCCUGAUCCUGUCCUCCCGUCUGUCCACCGUGCAGGGAGGGAGAGAGUUCAGUAGAGCUGGGGUACCUUACGACCAGUUUGAUUUCAUCCAUCAGAUUGCGGAGAAUAUCAUGGCUUGUUACAUCCGCAUCCCGGAACCAGGUGACUAUUAUCUCACUCUGUAUGCGAAACGCCAGUACCUCGACGGAGAAAUUAACCUGGAGACCGAGACAGAAAUCUGUCGUUUCUUGGUUCACAAUAACGCCCCCUGUAGUGACCAGCUUCCGCUUCCGUCAUCUCCUGCCGACCACUGGGGUCCGAUCGGGGUCAUGAACGUUGGACUGACACCCUUGACCCACCGGACGGCCGUGAUCAUGCCCCAGGAUGCCGCAGAUAUUGAGGUUUGUUUCGAGUCGACACAGGAGGACCUUCGCUUCACCCACACCUUGACAUCUUGGGGCAUAAAGCCUGAGCAGUUAUCGGUGUUCAGCAUGCAACGAGAAGUUGGCGACAAACUGAUCUUUUUAGUCUCGCCGCCGAAAGUUGGGCGAUACGGGUUGCACGUCUUCGCCCAGUACCCCGGAAUGAACACCCCCGUCCACGUGUGCAGCUACCUACUUGUAUGUACAUGUGUCAGGACAGUCUCGGCCAUUCCAUUACUAAAUAGGGGUGACCAGUGGGGUCCAACUGCAGCCUGCCAGUCCCUCGGGAUGUCAGCCUUCACCCACCCAGACCCUUACAUUGUGACACCCGACAGCAGCGUCCAAAUCGUCAUGGGGCUGUCAUUAAAGCUGAGCGCUGCUCACGAAUUGAUCUUCUACGGCGGACAAGCCCCGUUCAACUCCUCAUCCCGAGUCCGCCCACAAUUUGAAGGACAGAGUGUCACUUACAUCCUCCCUCUGCAAGGAUAUGGAUACUACCGAUUCUCUAUCGUAGGAAGAGAAUCCAACGACCCCCGCAUUCCUCCGACACCGCUGUUCCAUUACCUCAUCAGAAAAGUCUGAGACAAAGCUACAAAAGUUUCCUAUUGAGCUUGAAGAUUAACUUAGUUGUUGUGUUCGAGUGCUUCUGACUACAAAUUCGUAUCCUUGUGGAGACACACACACACAAUAGGGAACAAAACAUUGUAAAGGUCUCCACAGGGCAAUUUCUAUAGAUGAAUAGGUCUCCACAAGGUUUUCACGAAAUAGAUAUAUGGGUUUUACUCAAAAACUAGGAAUUUCCAAGGUGGGUUGAUUUGUCGCAAAUGGAAGAGUUUUAGAAAAGGGAUAUCAAGUCCAAAUUUCAGCCAAGGAAACUAAUUCUGGUUAAAAUAAGAGCAUUUUGAAACUUCACUUUCAAAAUUGAACACUUUACUACACGAGAACAAAGAAAUGUCUCCACAAGGAUACAAAUUUGAGAAUAGGUGUGUUCAAGUGUGUUGCAGUAAAAUUAUAGUAUCAAUUGUACAUUUCAAAGUGACGAUUAAAUGCAGUGUUUUCAUCCUGUGUUUCGGCUAGCUUUCUUUUAAGACGUGAAUAAUCAAGCGUGUUUGAAAUAUGUUCUGAAGUCACUACAAGUCUCUAGUUGAAGGAGUCUUUAGGAGGCCAAUUAGCACUUUUGUUUUUAUCCGUGUCACAGCUUUUAAAAGUCUAUAUUUUUUUUGCAAAAGAUGAAAGGUGUCCCUCCAACUUGUGAUGAGUUAAAUAAUGGAUUUUGAUUUAAACAUUUAUAACAAAGCAGUAUGGCUUAACAUUAAAAGCGUCUUGUUAUAGUAAAGUGAUGGCCAGUUAGAAAUUACUUAUUUCAUGCCAUAAUUUUUUAAGUGUUGAUCUUUUUAAAUGUUGAGUUUUGAAAUAUAUUAAAAAUAAAGUAUAUAUAGCAUUAAAAAGAUUUCACGGUUUACAAUCUUAACAUAAUUUAGCCAGUGAUAAAUGAUCUAUAAGCUAUUUAUUGACAUGUCCUAUACUAAAAUGCUUUAGAAUUCUUUAUGUGGCAUUAAAGGACUAUAUCUUUAAACGAUUGACAGAAUAAUUAAUUUCAUGUAGUAGUGAUAUGCAGAACCAUCUUACCAUUUUUUUCCCAAAUCAUGUAUUCAUUUCAUUUUGUCCUUGAACAGAGAUUAUACGCAAGGCAAAUACACAAUAUUUUUAAUCACAUUGUCCCAAUAUUUACAUAUGCCAGAUUAAAUAAGUAAGGGCAUUAACUGAAGCCCAGUAUAAUUUAAGAAUAAAAGAUUAUUUUGUGACUUCGAAAGUAAAUGAGAUAUUGUAGGAUAUCAAAAAAUAUAUAUACUUAGUACUUUUUCAUUUGGACGAUAAACCAUAUAAAACAUUUUACCGAUAGCUAUUGCAAUAAAUUGUAGUUAUAUUAUUGGAUGUCAAAGUUUCCGGAAAUUUUAGAAUACUGGCGGUAUGUCCUCUGUGUUUAUAUUUCUGUGUCACUUAUUAGUAAAUGUUGCUGCAGAGAAUGAUAAGCACAGAGUAUUCGAUUUAGAUCUGUAUUUUUUAUUUUCUUAAAUGUUUUGAAAUUAGAAAUAUCAAAGAAUUGUGUGGUAUCAAUAAUUGUGAAUAAAGCAUUUACAAAUCUA